AUGGAGAAGAAACCAACAACAUACUACAUUCAAAGAUGUGGAUGUAAUGGAGGUGGUGGUGGUGGAGGUGGCGGCGUUGGAGGAGGAGGUGGUGGUGGUGGUGGUGGUGAUACUGAUAUUCAUACUCAUAAUGAUAGUAAGCAAAGUGGUGAUACUAGGAGUGAAAAUGAAGAGAUGGAUGACGCAGCCACCACCGCCACCGAUGCCAAUGAUGCCAUCGCCGAUGCCGAUGAUGCCAGCGCCGAUGCCGAUGAUGCCAGCUCCGAUACCGAUAAUGCCAGCGCCGAUGCCGAUGAUGCCAGCACCUAUGGAUUUGAUGCCAAUGAUGCCAAUGGAUUUGAUGCCACCACCAAUUUUAGAGCCACUGCCACCACCAUUUUGGGGGCCACCACCACCAUUUUUCUAUUGAUGAUAUUGAUGAAAACGACUACCAUAAUGGUGGUUGUGGGGUAG